AUGGCGUUAAUUCGUUUUUUUCUUUCCGUUACUCUUUACUUUCUACUCGCAACACCUUUGAGUGCGGGAGUCGUGCCCCUUUUGAAUCGUCGUCAAACUGCAACUGGAUUUUCUUUGGUUCCUGAUGGUGCUCUUAAGGGUGCUGCACUGGCUACCCUUUGCGAGCAGGUAUUAUACCAGAGCAUCAAUUGCAACAACUUCACCAAAACCCUUAAUGAACCCAAAUACCACCAUUCACUCAAUGAUACGGCUCUAACGAAUUCCGUGUGCGCUCCCUCAUGUGGGACAGCACUUGCGAGAGCGCGAACUCGGAUUGCAGGUGCUUGCGCGACCACACCUGAGCUAGUACCCGGAUUUCCAGCUCUUGCCCUAAUCGACAAGGUUUAUACUGGAUGGAACGAAACGUGCCUGAAAGACACUGCGACAUCUGCAUUUUGCAAUGACAUUAUCGAUUCGUGGACGCCAGUAGCAAAACUGGAAGACAUGCCGAAAGCUCAGCUUUGCUCCUAUUGCUACGGCGCUAAGCUCAAACUUAUGAGAAGCUCUCCCUAUUCGGGGUAUGACUCGCACUUCGCAGUGAUGUUGGAUUUUGUCAAUCAAAACUGCGGUGGUACUGCGGCACCUAGCCAGCCACUACCAAGCCCUAUCCAAGUCAACGAGACCAGUCCAAUAUGCUCAUCGGGGAAGACCUACAAGACAAAGACUGGCGAUACGUGCGACAGUGUCGCGCUAUCGAACAGUGUAUCAUCCGCAACACUGUAUUACACGAAUCCAAAUCUUCUCGACUGUGCGAACAUAACAGAGGGCUUAACGCUUUGUCUGCCACUAGAAUGCAGGACUUACACAGUACAGAAAAAUGAUAGAUGUGUACCUGUCGCUGUUGAGCACGGUUCGACUUGGCAGGAUCUCGUGGCCUGGAAUGCCGGUAUUGAUGCGCAGUGCUCCAAUCUUUACGGAGCUACACCUUCUUUUGGCACGACAAUCUGCGUAUCACCCCCUGGCGGCAAACUCAACCCAGAGACUCCGACUAACUCUACGCUUCCUCCAGGUAACGGCAACACCGGUGGUCAUGGCGGGAGUGGUGACGGCUAUGCGAAGGAGAUCGUCGACCCUCCAGCGGGUACUGUUGCAAGUGGUACCACGAGCAAAUGCGGCGACUACAUUCAGGCUCAUGCAAGUACUGGUUGCGCUGCCAUGAUUGCACCGUAUGCUAUGACGAUGGAUUUGUUCCUUGCGGUUAAUCCGAGUCUCAAAUCCGUCGCCGAAUGCACCUCAAACCUCAGAGAUGGUGUCUGGUAUUGUCUACAUCCAGUCAAAUGGUGGAAUAACACGGCGAGUACAGACAUCUCCAUUCAGGCACCCCCGAAAUCCAUCACGUCGAAGAGAGUGUGGAUCCCGAUGAGCGAUUGA